AAUUGUGUAUCCAUUGCACCAAGGAGGAAUCCAUAAUUCAUAUUGCAGAUUCUCCAUUUCCCAUUUUAUUCAUAAUUCUCCAAUCGAUCAAUAGUUUAUUCAAUCUUAUUUCUUCUGACAUCGAUCGGAGUAAUUGAAGUUGGAUCAAUGGGGAGAAGAAAUUCUCAAAAAAGGAAUUCUGCAAUGCUGGAUUCCGAUGAUCUAAAUAGCUUGAGCUUGUCAUCACCAACUAAGCACUCCGACAAUGUAAUGUACUCUGGUGCGGAGAAAGUGCUGGCUGAUACAGAGUCUUUGCUUGAUCUAUACUUGGAUGCUUUAUACGAGAAGAGAGGUUCCACUAGAGAAAAUGCUUUGGCGUCAACUAUUGAAGUCUUCAACAAUAGCAUACAACAUGAGUUCACUGAACACAAGUUUGCUACAUUGUUGCAUCAGUGCUUAAAUUCAAUCAAGAAGGGUUCUCCGAAGGAGGUUGCCUUGGCAUGCCACGUGAUAGGGCUUCUAGCACUUACUGCUGGUUCUGGGGAGAAAGCACGAGAAAUCUUGGAAGAAUCGGUCUCUCCAAUAUCAGAAGCUCUUAAAUCAACAUUCGAGACAUCUAUAAUAUUAUCAUUGCUUGCAUGUUUGGCUGUUAUAACUUUUGUUGGUGGAGAAGAAGCAGAGCAUGCAGAGAAAUCAAUGCAAAUAAUGUGGCAAGUAGCUCAUCCGAAAUUGGGUUCCAAUGUUGUUGCUGCUAAACCUCCAGCAGCUGUGAUAAGUAUGGUGGUCACCGCGUGGUCAUUUCUUCUUACCACAGUGGAUGAAAGGGUACUCAACCCCAGAACUUGGCAAGAUUCACUGUCCUUCCUUUCCACUCUACUGGACAAGAACGACAGGUCAGUUCGCAUUGCUGCUGGUGAAGCACUUGCAUUGAUCUUCGAGAAGGGGAGCCCGGAGAAGUUCUGUGGGGAGUCGAAAGUCUCUGGUCAUCAUACAUGUAUUGAAGGGGACAGUUCUCGGAAAAUAAUGUUCGUAAAUGGAUUAAAGACUAAAGUCAUUAAUCAAAUGAAAGAUCUCUCCGCUGAGGCAGGUGGUAAAGGUUCCGCCAAGAAAGAUCUGAAUAACCAGAGGAACAAAUUACAUGAUGUUGUGGAUUUUCUAGAGAAUGGCCACGCCCCAGAAACCUCAACAAAGAUUGGCCACGAGUUGUUACAUACAAGUUCAUGGUCUCAAAUGAUACAGCUGAACUUUCUCAAGCAUUUUCUUGCUGGUGGAUUUGUGAAGCACAUGCAUGAGAAUCCAUUUCUUCAUGAUGUAUUUGAUUUCACUCCAGAGAUAAAGCUUGAUCACCGCAUGUCUGCAGUUGAAAAGAGGAUGUACAAGUCACCUAACUCGGCUCUCAACAAGGCUCGGACGCAGUUUCUUAACAAGCAGCGAACGAUAUCCAAGGAGAAGCAUGAUGGUUACUAUGCGGUUGGUCUUGUCGAUGCUUGAAACGAGAAGCUUGGAUGUUUAGAGGCGGAGCAUAUCUCUGCGUAGCCAUCACACUGCCUGAAGAAAGUUGGUAGUAGUAGUAUUUAUGUAAGCUUUGUCUACCCAGCAAUGCAAUGAAAGAGGAUUUGCAUCUUCUGAGGUGUUAGGAUUGACUGUAAUGAAGCAAUCUAAAUUGAUUGCAUUUUGAAUGAAAAUGAAAUGAAAAAAGGCUGAAAAUUCAGUAGCAA